AUGGAUAGAACUGGCCGGAAGCGGAAGGCUGAAGAUGAAGAUGAAGAGCUCCAGAAGGCGUUACGAACCUUCGAGGACGACUUUGGUGGUAUCGGCGGUAGCAUUGAGCGUGGUCCAAAAGCGUUUAUUCGGUCUGAGGUGGUGAACGCAAAUAAAACAGUGAGCAGUGGCAAACCACAACUAUACAAGCCUGAACCUAUGGUCAACAUUCAGCGCACGCUUCCUAUGAGUGGAAGUUCUUUCGAAGAAUCAAAAAGGCUCGCUGCUGAGAAAGCUCGACGUAUGCUUGAGGAAGCACAUAAAGGUAAAGGUCCACCGCCUCAAGUGAUACCGUCUAGUGCAUCCCGUCCUGUUGCGCGACCACCGAGACCUGGUGCAGGUCGCUCAGUCCAAAAAAGCAAAACCAGCAAUUUGGAGGCGUUCAAAGAAGAACUAAAAAAAGUACAACAGGAAAGGGAUCAACGUAAAGGACUUAGAGAUCACCUUAGAGCCGAGCUAGGAGUCGACACUGAGGCGCUGGAUAAGAUAGCUCCUGCUCUAGAUAAACCUUAUAUGGGUAGUGGAGAAUAUGACGACGAUCCCUAUACUACAAAUUUGUACAUCAGUAACUUGCCUCUUGAUAUGACAAUGGAAGAUUUAUUCGACUCUUUCGGUUCCUUUGGACCACUCGCUUCAGCGAAAAUCCUUUUUCCUCGCACUGAGGAGGAGAAGAGACGAGAGCACCUCUGCGGUUUCUGUGCAUUCAUGUCGAGAGAAGAUGUGGAUCGAGCUUUAGCUCAGAUGAUGGGAUUUUUUAUUCGUGGUGAACCAAUUAGAAUGUCGUUUGCCAAGCCUAUAGUUGUGCCUGCUCAGCCUUUCUACGUUCCUCCACCAUUGCUUGAUCUAAGUGCACCAGAUCCAAUUACUGAAUUACCUUUCAAUGCCAAACCGCUCUACAAUGACUUGAUGGCUUAUAAAGAGAAGUACGGAGAUUUGCCGAGGUAUGGAACAUGUAUAGAUUUCGAAGGAGAGCAAAAAGAAGCCUACGAAAAGAUGAUCAAGAACGCGACAGUUCGUGUAGUGAUUCCGUCAGACAGCCAUCUGCUCCUCGUCAUCCAACAUGUCGUGGAAUUCACAAUUCGCGAAGGUCCGCUCUUCGAGGCUAUGCUGAUGACUCGUGAAAGAACAAAUCCGCUCUUUCGAUUUUUAUUUGAACUCAACCAUCCUACUCACGUAUACUAUCGUUGGCGGUUGUUUUCCAUCUCACAGGGCGACACAUUUCUUGAAUGGCGACGUGAGAAAUUUAAGAUGUUCGAUGGUGGAUCUUGGUGGCAACCACCAAUUCCUCAGAGUGAACUGUUUAGCGCUAUGCCUCGCUCACUGCAUAGUUUUGCGUGCACAAUAACCGAACCCAGUCGUUGGCUUCCUAAAUUGGAUGGUCCGACGCAGUCUCGAUCAUCCGCACGAGUACAGGAGUCAAGGGAACGGAGAGAUAGAUCACGUGGAAGUUCAAAGAGAGACUCAAGGAAAUCUAAGGCGCGUCUGCGAAAAAGUCAGCGGAAGAAGCUGGAACAACUCCUUAGAGAACUCACUCCCGAAAGCGAUAGUAUUGGAUAUGCUAUGGUUUGGUGUGCAGAUCAUGCUACUUGCGCACGGGAAAUUUGUGAAUGCAUAUACGAGUCCCUCACUAUUGACGAAACUCCGCUGAAUAAGAAGAUUGCGAGGUUGUACUUGAUCUCUGAUCUGUUAGCAAAUGCCGCCUCUCGUGGAGUACGGGAUGUGUUCUACUUCCGGCAGUAUUUCGGUGAUCUCCUGACUAAGAUUUUCUCUGCACUUGGUCGAACGCUUCGUAAUAUCUCCGCGCGACUCAAGGCUGAACAGUUCAAGCAACGUGUCAUGUCUUGUUUCCGAGCAUGGGAAGAAUCUGUCUUGUAUCCGACUGAUGUGCUUGUCAAUAGUCAGAACAUCUUCCUCGGUUUGAUGGAGAACAAAACUUCAGACGAGGAAGAUGAAGAUUUAGAUGGUGCACCGUGCGACAUAGAUGGUGUACCAAUAGAAGACGAUAGGAAUAUGCCCAUUUUUGAUGACGGAGACGAUAUCCAUACAGGUUCUUCUUCUGAAACUACGCGAAAGCCAACUGGAAUGUUCAAGUCAGGGAACUGGAGCACUGUGGGAACAGUUGAACCUAUCAAAAGCAAGUGGGAGGAGGACGAAGCUGAAUCUUCCACAAAGGAACACAGCUCGAGCUCACCAGCACGAGAAAAAGAGGGCCCUAGUAUCAAUCCAGUUAGCUCUCGUGCCAAAGAAAGCGAGGAUAGCGAUACCGAUGGAGAAAUCGAAGAAAAGGAGGAUAUUCUUGCAAGUGCUGCGAUGGAAGAGGAGCGCCGCAAGUUAAUGCGAGAAGUAGAGGUGAAAAUAAUGGCGUUACAAGAUGAAUUGGAGAGCAGGAAAGACCCAGAUAUUGCCUCCAAAGUCAAAGCGCUCAGAGAAAAAGAAAUGAUCGAGUUGGAGAAUAACCUUUCUUCUAUCGUCAAAAAGCGAAUGAGGAAAGAAAAAAAGAAGGGGAAACGGGAUACAAGAAAGGACGUCAAAGAUGACUAUUCCUUGAAAUCCGGACGUGAUUCGGAUAGGAACUCAGACAGACGCCGAGACACUCGAGAAAGUGAUUCUCGGAAGAGAGAUCGAAGCCGUGAGAGAGACCGUGACAGAGAUAGAGACAGAGAUAGGGACCGUGACCGACGUCGAAGCAGAAGUCGUGAUAGGAAACGCGAUUCUAGUCGGGAUCGUUCCAGACGUGAUCAUCGUUGA